AUGGAGAUCAGCGAGUACAUGUAUGACGCGGACCUCUCUGCCCCCACUCCGCCUCCGUCCUUCCAUCACUGCGACUACAGCGAAUGGACUCUAUCUUUCACCAUCAUCCCGGCUGUUUAUUCGCUGGCCUUUCUCGUAGGCUGCCUCGGCAACGGACUCGUGCUCAGGGCGUACCUGGACCGACCCGACGGAAGAAAGAAAAUACAAGAACAAAGCCAUGUUGCAAAAUUGUGCUGUUGUUUUGGUGUUUGCAGACGGGAAAUCCAACGUGGUAUCCCUCAAAGUAGCCUCCAAUCCAGACCCAUGUCCCAAACCUCUGCCAGCUCCAGUCCUCCAUGUAUCCCACGCCCGACACGGACACUAACCGAAUCUCUCAUCGCAAGUUUAGCCUUAGCAGAUCUAUGCUUUCUGGUCACUCUCCCACUAUGGGCGGUCUACACAGCGUUGGGCUACCACUGGCCCUUUGGGCAAACUUUGUGCCAAACCAGCAGCUUUCUGACCGCUCUGAACAUGUACGCAAGCGUUUUCAGUCUGAGCAUGCUCAGUGUGGAGAGGUACUGGGUCCUAACCGGGCACAGACAUUCGGGACACCAACAACAGAGAUUUCCAACAAGAGCCGCUCUCAUAAUUGCCGGAGUUUGGAUUGUGUCGUGUGUCCUGGCUCUUCCCGGUUUGCUGCUUCGUUCGGUUCAAGAAAUUGAAAUAGUCGCAGACGAUUGGGAGGCUACAGUCCAUCCAACUACCCAGGGGUCAUAUUUUCUCUCCUGUCAAAUGGAUUACUCGGCUCUACUCGAAGACGACUUAAGCGAGACUGAGCGAGAGCAUUCCGAGAUGUGGUGGGCUGCGAUUCUAAGCUUAAAAUCCACAGUGAUCGGAUUCCUUUUACCGCUUAUUGUUCUGCUUAUAUGCUACUGCUCAUUGGCCAAUCUUCUCAGCAAGCAUUUUGGAAGAGGUCCCCGUCCAGAUCGCAAGCGCCAACGGAGACUUCUGAGAGUGAUCGUAACGUUAGUCCUGGCUUUCUUCCUCUGCUGGUUGCCGUUGCAUGUAAAUAAGACCGUAGCUGUUUUAUUGGAGUUUGGAUUUAUCCCUUACUCGUGCGCUCUAGAUGCAACUUUGCUAACGCUGCAGCCGUAUGUGACGUGCGUAGCGUACCUGAACUCCUGCCUGAACCCUCUUCUGUACGCUGCCUGUGACCCGGUGUUCAGGAAAAGGUGCAGAGGCCUUUUGCUCUUUCUCUGUGACGCCGGGAAAAGAGACGAGAAAACUGCUGCUGGAAAGGAAGGUGCUGAAGCAGGGAAAGAGGAGAAGACUCUUGACACGGCCGACAGAGCAGAGGAAGACCGGCUGGGUUAA